AUUUUCUCAUAUAAAUCCAACAUAUCGCAUGGUGAUACAAUACAUAUACAUACAACAACAGUUGGAUUAUAUACACUUAAAUGUGAUUAUGAUCGACGAAAACAAUUAAUUGAUUCAAUUAAUUUACUUAGUUUAUCAACAGAUACAAUUAUCAAAAUUUUCUCUUCAAUUUUAUACGAACAAAAACUAAUUUUUAUUGCUAAUGAACUUGGUCCGUUAACACGUUUAAUAAAUACAUUUAUUUGUCUUCUCUAUCCAUUUUCAUGGCCACAUACUUAUGUUCCUAUAUUACCAGCAUUAAUGCUUGAUAUUCUUCAAGCACCAACACCAUAUAUAAUUGGUAUUUUACGUUCAUGUGAACAUUAUUUAUGUGACAAUGAUGAAUUUUUAUCUCAAGAUAAUUCUGAUAUACUUAUUGUUGAUAUUGAUCAUGAUCAUAUUUAUUCAAUAAAUGAUUAUUUAUCAAAUGACUCAUCUCGUGGAUCGCUUGAUAAUCUAACUAAAACCCAUUCAAAAUUUCAAAUUCUUCCAAAAAUUUUUAAAAUUGAACUUAAACAAGAAAUAUCAUUUUUACGAAAACAUAAACAAAAUCUUUCACUGGAUGAAUGUCAACAACGUUUACGAAAUAUUUUUAUGUCUAUAUUUAUUCAAUCAUGUUAUAAUUAUAAAGAUUAUUUAAAUCAUAUAUUUGAUAUUGAACAUUUUAUUCAAUCGAAACAACAUACAAUUGAAUUAUUUUUAGAAUGGUUUACUCGUACACAAAUCUUUGAAUUAUUUAUUCGACAAAAACUUGAAACAGAUCAUUCAAAUCAAUUUGCAAUAACAUUUGAUUUAGCUUGUGAAAAAUAUCGUCGAACAUUAAAAAAACAAAUACCAGAACGUAUUACAGUUAAAUCAGUUAAACGAAAAGCAGCGAUAAGAGCAAAUAAACAAGAUCAUCGAUUAUGA